AUGCGUCUCUCCAGCUUCCUUGCGCCAGCAUUGCUGGCUCUGGCCGCCUCUGAAACCGCCGAAGCCGCGAGGGACAGCGUCCUCCUCUCCAAAAUCAAGUCUCUCACUCUUCGGAAUGGCCAGAAAACCACCGCUCGCCGCGUGUCGCCUAUCCCGCAGCUCAAAUGCAUCGGCGGCGACGCAAAGGGCCUGUACGAAGUCGAUGUGAUGCGCUGCAAGAACGCAGGCUCCGACUACGACGACGACAACAUCCAGUGGACCUGUCAAGCCUCCCUCCCCGAAGAAUUCAAGCUCGGCUCUACCGACGUCAUAUGCGAAGGCUAUGACUCGCCCGACGAUCCGUACAUCCUCAAGGGAAGCUGCGGUGUCGAGUACCGCUUGAUGCUUACCCCCAAGGGGCUGGACAGAUAUGGACACCGGAAGGGAGGUAGGAGUGGAUCCGGCGAAGACGAUCAGAUCAGCCAGGGCAUCGCCAUUCUUUUCUGGGUCGUCUUCUUUGGCGUCAUAAUUUGGAUGGUCUUCAAAGCCUGCAUCGUUGGUGGCGGGGAUGCCGGGGACCCGAAUACUUGGACUGGUCCGCGCGGCGGCGGCGGAGGUGGCGGCGGCGGAGGUUGGGGCGGCAACGACGACCCUCCACCACCCUAUACUCCACGUCCUCCCUACGACCGGAAGUCGUAUCCUAGCAACAACACGGGCAACCAAGGAUGGCGGCCUGGAUUCUGGUCCGGUGCAUUGGGAGGCGCUGCUGCUGGUUACAUGGCGGGCUUACUGGCUUUCGGCAUUUCCCGUUCGCUCUGGGAGGACCUGAAGACUCUACACUCACGUCCUACAAAUUUGGUCUUACCAGUGCACCGUUGGAGCUUGCGGAGAUCUGCAAGAAUCAGCGAGAGCCUCUGCUCACUCGUCAUCACCUUCAGGUCUUUCGGAGAGGAUAUCGUCACACCAACGAGGACAUUCUACGCGUUUAACAACAAAGACCUUGGAAUACCACAGAAAGCAACAUCUUUCGGAGCCAGCACAGAUUCGCCGCCGGCUUGGAACCAAAUAAUCAAGUGGUUCGAAGAAUGCGAACACCAUCAUCCCGACUGUCGCCGGCAAAGCACGGCGACUCCCUUCGUUCCAAAACGCUUGGUUGAUGUGGAAGCUCUCGGCGAAAGAAUGGUUCGCGUCGUCGAGACUGGGGAUGGCGUCCAAGUAGACAAGUAUGUCACUUUGAGCCAUCGCUGGGGCGACGCCAACUUCCUCACCCUCACGGUAGCGAACCAAUACCAGCUGAUGACCGAAGGGAUCGGUAUUGAGGAGCUUCCGCUGAACUUUCAGCAUGCCGUCCGUGUUACAAGACAGUUGGGUGUUCGGUACAUCUGGAUUGACUCUUUGUGCAUUGUGCAAGGGGAAGGCGGUGACUUUCGUAUCGAAGGCACCAAGAUGCACCAGAUCUACCGGAAUUCGCAUUGCAACAUAGCUGCUGCAGAUGCCGAAGGUAGCUCUUGUGGGCUGUUCCGCCAAAGGACUGGACAAGACAUAUUUCCUGCAACUUUCCAGAGCGACAGUGGCUCGCAGUUCUUCGAGCAACCAGGCACCUGGGUUGUACUUCCAGCCCAGCUUUGGGCUUCUCAAUUACUCCAGAACACGCUGUAUACGCGUGCAUGGGUGUUCCAGGGUAAGUGA